AUGAAAGAACGUCUUCGCUGCGAGCAAGACUGUCCUACAAUUAAAGACACAGUUCCUCUUCUUAGUGCUGACGGAACAACCCUACUGGCUGAGAAGACACAGAUUCUGAAACGCUGGGCUGAGCACUUUCGAAGAAUACUCAACCGUCCCUACACCAUCUUUGAUGCCGCCACCACUGACCUCGAUCUCCCACUCACCCCUCAGGAAACCAUCAAGGCCGUGCGACAACUCUUCAGCAGGAAAGCGCCCGGAUUUAAUGCAAUCCCUGCGGAGAUUUACAAACACGACGGCCACCAACUCAUCUCCCUUAGCCACGCUCUUCCAGGCGAUGUGGCGACAAGGCCAAGUCCCCUAAGACUUCACAGACGCCCUAGUUAUCCACUUCUACAAGCGAAAGGUGAACCGCCAAAUCUGGCACAAUCAUCGCGGAAUCUCACUGUUCAACACCACCUGCAAAAUCUUCGCUCGUGUUCUCCUAAACCGUUUCAAUAA